CCUUUGCUGGGCUCAGAGCAGCCCCCAUAAGGGCAGCAGGGGCUGGUGGGGUUGCACAUAGCGUCCGUAUGGCCAAGGGGCUGCGGUUGCUGAUCCUACCCCUGGCCCUUUGGGAAAACCCCACUCCUCUGCUCUCCUCUGCCCUGCUCAGCUUGGGGCAAGCUCCUGGGCAGCAUGGCCAGGCUAGAGCCGAGCCACCCCUGUGUCCCCGUCACCAGUAUCUUUCCUGAGGGACACCCACAGGCGCUUGGCCCAUGUCCUGCAGGUGCUGUGCCAGCGAUGGCCUGGUGCUGGCACCAAGCAGGGCUGAGGAGAGCGUGGGUUAGGGGCUCGCAGCCACUCCCAGCUGCCUUUGCCAGCCCAUGGGAUCCACCAUGGGCACUCCCCAGCCACCUGCACCGCGCUGCCUGCAGCAUCCCCAGCCCUCCCUCGGCCAGCGGGGAGGAGAAACCCACGGGGAGGCAGAAGCCCAGGCUAUAAAAACAUCCUCCCCUCUGGGACGCAGGGAAGCAGAGGAGGAGGCUGCCCUGGGAGAGCGCGAUGCUGGCUGGACACAGCAGGAGGGUGCUGCAGUACCUGCUGUUCCUGGCCCUGACCUGGGGUGCCAGCUUCUUCCACUCGCCGGCCCAGGCUUUGCAGAGGAUCGCGCUGCGGAGGAUGCCGUCCAUCCGGCAGACGCUGCAGGAGAUGGGCGUGAAGGUGGCGGACGUCUUCCCCGAGCUGCGGCAGGGCAGGCGCAGCGGGGCGGCCGGCCCCCGAAACGGGACGGCUCCCACCCUCCUCACCAACUACCUGGACACACAGUAUUUUGGCGAGAUCAGCAUCGGGACCCCCGCGCAGACCUUCAAGGUGGUCUUCGACACGGGCUCGGCCAACCUGUGGGUGCCAUCCUGCAAGUGCUCCCCCCUCUACAGCGCCUGCGUUUCCCACAGCCGCUACGACUCCUCCAAGUCGCGGACGUACAUUGCCAACGGCACCGGCUUCGCCAUCCGCUACGGGACGGGGAGCGUCAAAGGCUUCCUCAGCCAGGACGUGGUCAUGGUGUCGGACAUCCCCAUCAUCCAGGUGUUUGCCGAGGCCACGGCGCUGCCCGCCUUCCCCUUCAUCUUUGCCAGGUUUGACGGGGUCCUGGGCAUGGGAUACCCCAGCCAGGCCAUCGACGGCAUCACCCCUGUCUUCGACCGCAUCCUCUCCCAGCAGAUCCUCAAGGAAGACGUGUUCUCCGUCUACUACAGCCGAGCUUCGAAGAACGCUCCCCUGAAACCCGGCGGGGAAAUAAUCCUUGGAGGCAGCGACCCAGCCUACUACACCGGCGACUUCCACUACCUGAGCGUCAGCAAGAGCGGCUACUGGCAGAUCAGCAUGAAGGGGGUGUCUGUAGGGGCUGAAGUGUUAUUCUGCAAGGAAGGCUGCUCGGUGGCCAUCGACACCGGAGCAUCCUACAUCACCGGCCCGGCCGGCCCCGUGUCCGUGCUGAUGAAAGCCAUCGGGGCAGCAGAAAUGGCUGAAGGAGAGUACGUGGUUGACUGCGACCGAGUCCCCCAGCUGCCCAACAUCUCCUUCCACCUGGGCGGCAAGGCAUACGCGCUCGGCGGCUCAGCCUACGUCCUACGGCAAUCCCAGUACGGGGAGGACGUCUGCGUGGUGGCUUUCUCGGGGCUGGACAUCCCCCCGCCUGCUGGCCCCCUCUGGAUCCUGGGCGCCAGCUUCAUCGGGCACUACUACACCAAAUUCGACCGGCGCAACAACCGCAUCGGCUUCGCCACGGCCCGCUGAGCGCCGGGGCCCCAGGGGGUUUUGGGGAGCCAGCUGGGAGGCAGGAGCAGCACCCAGGAGAAGCAAAUGGGAAUGCAAACGGGAACGGCGUUUCCUUAAAGCACAGCCACCUCCUCUCUGUACUGAAGCAACUGCACAGCCUCAUGUUCUCCCACUCCAAAACCCCCGCGCUGCUUCCCGAGAGCCUCAGCAGCUGGGGAGAUGGGAGCCUGGAGAGCAUCCUCCACCGAGCAUCCUCCGUCUGGGGGUCCCAGGGGAAUCCGGGGUCUGGGGCUGCACCUCCAGAGACUUUCAGGGUGAUGUGCAAUAGGACCGCAUGUGGCAGAUCUCUGCUGGCUGGAGCAGAGGUGCUUGCAGCUUGCAGACGCUGUGGAGUGAUGGUUUGUUAUCGUUAUGGUCGUUCUUUGAAUGGGAGAAAAAUAAUCGGGCUGGUUUUAAUGGCGCUUGUUUUGGCUGGUGUUAUCCCUACCCCUCUUCGUGUUUUAAUAUUAAACAAUCUCAGAGCAACAGGAA